AUGAAAGGGUAUAUCAAAAGCGUGGUACCUCUCAUGAGCUACAAAUAUUCAUUAACUUACUCAUCAAAUAAAGCGACAGAAGUGGGUACUAUUUCUUGUGAGCUGGGAAUAGGCAUAAUCUCCAACAUCAAAGGAGAUGGCGGAGGCAGGUACAUGUGUCUUUACUACCUUCGUGCUACCUCUCAUGAGCUACAGAUAAUCAUUAAUUCAGUCAUCAAACAACGCGACACAACUCAAAGGGAUCUAACACCUGGGAAACCGAUUCCUAGGAAUGGACAAAGCCAUUUGAGGUAUACAAAUACAAGUUGCUGGGGUGAUCAAGUCAAACUAGUGACUCACUCACAUGGACCCUGCAACACGGGCCGAAAGACUUGCAUGUCUUACGCACCAGAGCCCCACAAUAAGCUAUAG